GAGAGAUAAGCAGCGCCACCUUCUCUUAUCCUCUCCUCUCCGCUCAUCUCGUUCUCGGUUACGCGACCGCAUCCACCGUAGGGAAAGGAAGAACAAGGGCAGGUGCCGAUGGCAAGCUGUGUCAGCAAUGCCAAGAGCCUGGCGCAGUGGCUGAGGGAGAACGGGUUCGACGAGGAGACCGUCGCGCGCAUGUCGAGGAGGUGCAAGAACCUGCACAGCCUCGACGCCGGCGAGGCCUCGGGCGUCUGGGACUACCUCCUCACCAGCGUCAAGAUCGAGCGGCGGAGGCUGCGGCACGUGGUGGCCAAGUGCCCCAAGGUGCUCACCCUGCCCGUGGACGGCAAGCUCGUGCCUACGGUGCAGUGCCUCGCCACGCUGCAGGCCAAGCCCGGGGAGGUGGCGCAGGCCAUCGCCAAGUUCCCGCAGAUACUCUUCCACAGCGUGGAGGAGAAGCUCUGCCCGCUCCUCGCCUUCUUCCAGACUCUCGGCGUCUCCGAGAAGCAGCUCGCCAAGCUGCUCAUGGUCAACCCGCGCCUCAUCAGCUACAGCAUCGAGGCCAAGUUCUCGCAGAUGGUGGACUUCCUUGUAGGCCUAGGCAUUGACAAGGAAGGCAUGAUCGGAAAGAUCCUUACCAAGGAGCCUUACAUCAUGGGGUACAGUGUCGACAAACGGCUGCGUCCCACUGCCAAGUUCCUCAAGUCGGAGGUCGGGUUACAAGGGGCAGAUCUCAAAAGGGUGAUCAUGAGCUUCCCUGAUAUAUUGUCACGAGAUGUGGAUAAGAUUCUGCGGCCCAAUUUAGCGUUCUUGCAGAGCUGCGGUUUCAGCAAGGGCCAGGUUAUGGCAUUGGUGGCUGGAUACCCUCCUGUUCUCAUCAAGAGCGUCAAGCAUUGCUUGGAGCCAAGGAUAAAGUUCCUGGUCGAAGAAAUGGGACGGGACAUGGGUGAGGUGGUAGAUUACCCCCAGUUCUUUCGCCAUGGCCUCAAGCGGAGCCUGGAGUACCGUCACAAGGUGCUCAAGCAGAAUAACUCGAGUUGCAGCCUCAGCGAGAUGCUAGACUGUAAUCAGAAGAAGUUUGCCAUGAAAUUUGGUUUGAUUGCAGCAGUUUAGGUACUCAUCUUGUCCCUAGUUUCAAUGUAGUAUGUUCUAUUUUUCAGGUGAUGUUUUGGUUUGUACCUUUGGGUUGUAUUGUUCUUGAACAUCUGGGUAUUGAGAAUGCAAAUCUCUCAUUCAAGUUUCAACUAUUA